AUUUCUUCCAGAUGGCCUCCAUCAAGUUGUAGCCAUGUGCACGUUGCGCGUUACCAUCAUCACCGACGACAUGCUGACCAACAGCAUCACGGUGCGUCUGGAGAACAUGUCGCAGGAGCGCUUCCUAUCGCCGCUCCUCAGCCUCUUCCUUGAAGGGGUGGCGGCCGUGCUGUCCACCAAACGGGAAGCCGUAUUCGUGUUCAACAUCCAAAAUGACACCGACGUUCAGGGCUCCAUCCUAAACGUUACGUUUUCAGCACUGCAGCCCGGAGGUGCACCUGGUAAAGGAACGUUCUUCCCCUCCGAAGAGCUGCAGGAGCAGAUCUACCUGAACAGGACGCUGCUGAGGCUGAUAUCCUCUCAGGAGGUGUUGCCGUUUGAUGAUAACAUCUGCCUGCGGGAGCCCUGCGAGAACUACAUGAAGUGCGUCUCAGUGCUAAAGUUUGACAGCUCGCCGCCAUUUAUCGCCUCUGACACAGUUCUUUUUCGGCCCAUCCACCCCAUCAAUGGGCUCCGGUGCCGCUGUCCGGUGGGUUUCACUGGAGACUACUGCGAGACCGAGAUCGACCUUUGCUACUCGGGGCCAUGCAAAAACAACGGAAUGUGCCGCAGCCGAGAGGGCGGGUACACCUGCGAGUGCCUGGAAGACUUCACAGGCGAGCAUUGUGAGGUGAAUGCAUCUUCAGGCCGCUGUAUUCCCGGUGUUUGUAAGAAUGGUGGGAAAUGUGUCAACCGGCUUGCGGGAGGUUUUAUGUGCGAGUGUCCACCAGGGGAGUUCGAGAAGCCUUACUGUGAAAUGACCACCCGCAACUUCCCCGGACAUUCGUUCGUAACGUUCAGGGGUCUACGGCAAAGGUUCCACUUCACCGUCUCCUUCAUGUUUGCUACCAGAGAAAGGAAUGCACUGCUUCUCUACAAUGGGAGGUUCAAUGAGAAACACGACUUUAUCGCCCUGGAGAUUAUUGACGACCAGAUUCAGCUUACCUUCUCCGGAGGUGAGACAAAAACCACAGUUUCUCCAUACAUCCCUGGUGGAGUCAGUGAUGGCCAAUGGCACUCCGUCCAGCUCCAUUACUACAACAAGCCUAACAUCGGGCGCCUCGGCAUCCCUCAUGGACCCUCUGCAGAAAAGGUGGCAGUGGUCGCUGUGGACGACUGUGACAUCUCCUUGGCGAUUCGGUUUGGGAAAGAGAUUGGCAACUACUCCUGUGCUGCCCAGGGCACCCAGACCGGACAGAAGAAAUCAUUGGACUUGACAGGUCCGCUGUUACUUGGAGGAGUUCCCAAUCUGCCCGAGGACUUCCCAGUCAGGAACAGAAACUUCGUGGGCUGUAUGAGAAACCUAACUAUCGACAGCAAAUCCAUUGACAUGGCCAGCUACGUCGCUAACAAUGGCACGGCUGCAGGUUGUCCCGCAAAGAAGAACUUCUGCGCAAACAACGUGUGUCUGAAUGGGGGCGUGUGUGUCAGCAAGUGGAACACCUAUAGCUGUGGCUGUCCUACUGGUUUUGGGGGCAAAAACUGUGAACAAGAGAUGCCUUCUCCUCAGUUCUUUGAUGGUCAGGCGCUAGUGUCCUGGAGUGAGCCAGACAUCACUGUCGCUGUACCCUGGUACAUUGGUCUCAUGUUCCGGACCCGGCAGCCGGCUGGGACUCUGGUGCAGGUCAAUGCUGGAUCCUCCUCUACUAUAAACCUCAUGGUGAGGGAGCAGCAGAUACGUAUGGAAGUGCUGCUGAGGGAGCAGUUGCUGGCGUCGAUGGGUUUCCAACAAGUCCAUGUCAAUGACGGGGAGUGGCACCAUUUGCUGGUGGAACUGAGAAGCAUUAAAGAUGGCAAGGAUAUUAAAUAUAUGGCGGCCGUCUCCUUAGAUUACGGCAUGUACCAGAAGUCUGUGGUGAUCGGUUAUGACCUGCCAGGUCUGAAGGUGCAGACACUUCACGUUGGGGGGCUGCCAGGAGAGGGAAACAUUGUCAACAAGGGAUUUGUUGGUUGCAUACAGGGUGUGCGCAUGGGCGAGACGUCCACCAACGUCGCCAACGUCAACAUGGCUCAGGGCCUGAAGAUCCGCGUGGAAGAGGGCUGCGACAUGGCCGACCCCUGCGACUCCAACAUCUGCCCUGAGAACAGCCACUGCAGUGACGAGUGGAGUACACACACCUGCGUCUGUGACCCAGGUUACUUUGGUAAGGAGUGUGUGGAUGCAUGUCAGCUCAAUCCCUGUGAGCAUGUCUCCAGUUGCGUCCGCAAGCCGAGUUCAUCCCAUGGAUACACCUGCGAAUGUGGACAAAGCUACUAUGGCCAAUACUGUGAAAACAAAGUGGAGAAACCAUGUCCUCAGGGUUGGUGGGGCAGUCCAGUGUGUGGCCCCUGUAAUUGUGAUACAAGCAAAGGGUUUUAUAAAGACUGCAACAAAACCACCGGAGAGUGCCGCUGCAAGAACAACUACUAUCGUCCUGAGGGUGAGGACACCUGCUACCCCUGUGAAUGUUUCCCCGUCGGCUCCGAGUCUCGCACCUGCGACCCAGUCACUGGGCAGUGUCCCUGCAAGGGAGGCGUCAUCGGCCGUCAGUGCAACCGUUGUGAUAACCCCUUCGCUGAAGUAACACCCGCUGGAUGUGAGGUUGUGUAUGAAGGCUGCCCGAAGGCAUUUGAUGCUGGCAUUUGGUGGCCUAAGACCAAAUUUGGACGCCCUGCUGCCAUGGACUGUCCCAAAGGAUCCAUUGGUACUGCAAUUCGCCACUGUAGUGAUGAGAAGGGCUGGUUGUCUCCUGAACUUUUCAACUGCACCACAGCAACUUUCUCUCAUUUAAAGAAAAUGAAUGAGGACCUGCGUCGCAAUAACACACGGAUGGACAGUGAACAGUCCAAGGCCAUAGUGCGUUUGCUUCACAGUGCCACAAAUAAGAAGCCGCACUUCUACGGCAACGACGUAAAGAUGGCUUCCCAGCUGCUGAAUCACGUGCUGAAGUAUGAGAGCAUGCAGUCUGGCUUUAAUCUCACCGCCAUGAAGGAUGCAGAGUUUAAUGAGAAUUUGGUGCGAGCUGGCAGUGCCAUUCUGGAUCCUGGCACCAAAGACCACUGGGAGCAAAUCCAGAGAACAGAAGGAGGCACCGCACACCUGCUCCGCAACUUUGAGGACUAUGCCAACACCUUGGCCCAAAAUGUCAGGAAGACCUACCUCAAACCCUUUACCAUUGUCACUGACAACAUGAUCCUGACUGUGGACUAUUUGGAUGUGUCAGACCCAGAGAAGGCAUCAUUACCUCGCUUCAAGGACAUCCAAGAGUCCUUCCCCAAAGAGCUUGGGUCUUCCGUCCACUUUCCAUUUUUUAAUUUGCGAGAUCAUGUCCAAAAAGAAGAACCAACUCCAGAAUCUCCAACCCAGAACAAUCCCCCUGAAGAGGAGGAGCACACAGUGUCUGACAGAAAACGGCGCCACCUGGAGCCGCCUGCACCUAAGCCGGUUGCCGUAGUCAUAGUGUACAAGUCGCUGGGCCAACUCCUCCCAGAAAGAUAUGACUCCGACCGGAGGAGUCUGAGGCUCCCCAACCGUCCAGUGAUCAACACAGCAAUAGUAAGUGCCACAGUCCAUAGUGAGGGUCCACCCCUUCCUCCAAUCCUGGACCCCCCAAUCACCUUGGAGUAUACCCUGCUGGAGACAGAGGAGCGGACAAAACCUGUCUGCGUUUUUUGGGACCACUCUUCCUCGAUCGGAGGUUCAGGUGGCUGGUCCUCCAAAGGCUGCGAGGUGCUCAACAGGAACAACAGCCACAUCAGCUGCCAGUGUAACCACAUGACGAGCUUUGCUGUGCUGAUGGACAUUUCAAAGAGAGAGCACGGUGAUGUCCUCCCACUGAAGAUCGUCACUUACACCACAGUGUCCGUCUCCCUGUUCCUCCUCCUCCUCACCUUCAUCCUGUUGUGCCUCCUGCACCGACUUCGCUCCAACCUGCACGCCAUCCACAGGAACCUGGUGGCAACACUCUUCUUCUCUGAGCUAGUCUUCCUGCUCGGCAUCAAUCAGACAGACAACAUGUUUGUGUGCACGGUGAUCGCCAUCCUCCUCCACUUCUUCUACAUGUGCACCUUCGCCUGGACGUUCGUGGAGGGGCUGCACAUCUACCGCAUGCUGACCGAGCUGCGGAACAUCAACCACGGCCACAUGAGGUUCUACUACGCCAUUGGCUGGGGCAUACCGGCUAUCAUCACCGGUUUGGCAGUCGGCCUUGAUCCUCAGGGUUAUGGAAAUCCAGAUUUCUGCUGGCUUUCUGUGCAUGAUACACUCAUCUGGAGCUUCGCAGGACCCAUCUUUGUGGUUGUUCUUGUGAACAUAGUGAUCUUCAUUUUAGCCGCAAAGGCUUCCUGUGGUCGAAGGCAGAAGGUUGUGGAGAGGUCAGGAGCUAUUCCUGCACUGCGUAUGGCAUUCCUCCUCCUGCUACUCAUCAGUGCCACCUGGCUGCUUGGUCUCAUGGCAGUCAACAGUGACGUAAUGACUUUUCACUAUCUGUUUGCCAUCUUCAGUUGCUUGCAGGGGGUCUUUAUCUUCUUCUUCCAUGUGAUCUUCAACAAAGAAGUGAGGAAAAACCUCAAGAAUGUCUUCACAGGUAAAAAGACUGUACAGGAUGACUCCAGCACCACAAGGGCUUCCUUACUCACUCGCUCUCUCAACUGCAACACAUACGCAGAGGAUGGCCCGCUGUAUCGCACAGCCAUCGGCGAGUCUAACGUCUCCUUGGACAGUACACUCAGGUCAGCCAAGAGCCGCAGCAGCUACUUGGCUUAUGCACUCAGGGAGGAGUCGGGUCAGAAGCCCAGCUCCUCAGGAACAGCUAAAGGACACACAGAUCUAGAUGGACCUCUUUUCCACAGAAAUGGUACCAAAGGAGAUGACUCUGACUCAGACAGUGAGUUGUCUGUUGAUGAACACAGCUCCUCCUACGCCUCCUCCCACUCCUCUGACAGUGAGGAUGAUGAUUUGGAUGUCAAGCCUAAAUGGAACAAUGAGAGACCCCUUCACAGCACCCCAAAAGGUGAUACUGUUUCCAACCAUGUGAGACCUUACUGGCCAACAGAGGGCACCACAGCUAGUGAUAGCGAGGACCCAGCCGGGACAGACAGGCUGAAGGUCGAGACCAAGGUGAACGUGGAGCUGCAUCCUGAAAAUAAACUGAACCACAUUGGUGAAAGAGAGAGGGAUGGUCUCCUGGAGAGAGACAAGCAAAUGCCCGGUAAUGCUAAAGACAUGGCGCCUGCUGGCCAACCCAACAGCAACAGCAACCACCAGCCAGAGCAGAGAAAAGGUAUCUUAAAGAACAAGAUCAGCUACCCUCCUCCGCUCACCGACAAGAACAUGAAGAACCGCCUGAGAGAGAAGCUGAGCGACUACAACUCCCCCACCAUCACCUCUCCUCCGCCCAUUAACAACUACAACACCUCUGCCCUGCCUCCCUCCUCUGUCAACGUCAUUACACCUUCUUCCCGGCCGUCGUCACAGGCCUCCACUGACGGAGGCGGUCGCCUCGGCAACCACGACCACAGCUCCCUGGUAAAGCCGCCUGUCGCUCCCCGCCCUCAGAUUCCCAUCGGGCCAUCACCGGGGGGUAUCUACCGGGAGACCAACGGGGGAGUGGCCAUGCACUUAAAGUCAGGGACGGUGAAUGGAGGAAACAACUCCGACUCAGAGCAAUUCCAAACCAGCCCGCCCUUGUGAGAGAAGAUGCCUGCUGACAGGAAGAGAGCCAAGAAGAGAAGAGUUGAUUAAAAAAACGUGAGAUAAAGAUGGAGGGUGGCUGAACUUUGGGUAAACGUCGGAUCUACCCGUCCAUGCCCCCUUUCAUGUCUUAGCGAGCAGUAUUAAUGGCAGACUUUAGGACUGCCUGGGACAACAGAGAUAAGGAUGUGAGAGAGAAUAAAGGGAACGCCUUAACAAGAUAUAAGUCUGGAGACGUGCCAAAACUACAGAAAGAAUGCCUUUACAAUGAAUGCCUUACAAUGAUUUGAAGAUUCUGGAGGACAGUUUCUAUUUGCCAGAGAAAGUCUGAUAAAUGAUCUCAAGCUGGUACACGUGUAGUCCAAGAGGACUUCAAAGACCACAGCCCCUUCAAGCAUCUGUUAUCAAUGAACUCAUCUGAGCCCAACAGUGGAGGAUGCGUGUGCCGAGCGCUCUGUUUUAUUACAUUUCAAAGUCUCUACAAGCCUCUCAGUGCAGUGUAUUUAGAGUGUAAUUAUUGUGUAGAUAUAUUUUAAGUGAAAAAGAAGUAAUUAUUUUGUAUUUCAGCUGAAGCUGAGAACAAGUUUGUAAACAAAAAAAAAAGAAAUGCCUUAAAAAUGUUGGGAAGAUGACAAGAUUGUGCCUUUCUUUUGGACUGUGGCCCUUAUUCACUUGUACCUUAUAGGCUUUCAUGGUGUGGUAACAAAUACCCUGGCUGAGUACUCCAUACAGUAGUGGAUAAAUGUAUUUUUUUUAAUUCUUUUUUGAAAGAAGUGGAAGUCUGCCAUCGGUUGGGAUCCACCCGUUUGUUCGAUUGGUUACCAAGGUUACAAGUUACAGUAACCAUGUCAUUCCAUACUCGUGAAUCUAAUUUAUAUAUUCAUCACCUCUUAAUAAUAACAUUUUGUUUUUUUCAAAAGCAACCCAAAUUUCCCAGAUAAUACGGAAAUGUGUACAGCCAGAUUACCACUCCCCCUUUUGCAUUGCACACUCUCAAUGUUUUACACUGUUGUUGAUAAAUGUCCCUUUGCUUUUGUAUGACGCUAAACACUGGACAAUGUUUUGUAAAAGGAUGUAUAUUUAUUUUUUCAUGUUUUUAAACACUGGAAAAAAAACUGAUGAUUGUGAUUGUAAAAUUAAAAAAGUCCUAAUUUUCA